AUGCUUUUUCCAUCCCUCCUGCUGCUUGCCAGCUCGUGGCAAAUGGUCAUUGCAGAUUCAGAUUCUUGUUCAAGUAGUGCGACCAUCUCUAGCCAAAGUGAUGCUGAUACAUACGCCAGCUGUGACCAAAUCGACGGCAGCGUCACUAUUUCCUCUUCAGUCAGCGGCUCGAUCAUCAUUUACAAUGUCACCCAAAUCAAAGGGUCAUUCACAGCAGAGAGCGCUUCGGGACUUACGACUCUGUCUGUACCGGAUCUCGAGAAAUUGCAAGGAGCUUUGACGAUAGACGAAAAUGCUUCCCUCAACAAUCUCUCGAUGAAUGCUUUAACCGAAGUGUCUUCUGGAAUCACCAUCUCGGGAAACACAAAGCUCAAACAACUCGAAUUUGAGAAUUUAGAGCAAGUCGAUGGGACGCUCAAAUUGACGGGAUCAUUUAACUCCGUCUCUUUGCCAUCGAUCGACCAGGUGAAAGGGCAAACGACCAUUCGAGGUGGCAAUUCCAUGUCCUGCACCGUAUUAAAUAACUUGGAAAAUGUAUUUCAGGGUGGGUACUCAUGCUCUGCUAGCGGUGAGUCUUCUCUCAGCACUGGAGCCAAGGCAGGCAUCGCCGUGGCUGUCAUUAUUGUGGUCCUGCUUCUUCUCCUUGUUAUGUGGUGGAUCAUUAGGCAACGUCGAGCCCGUCGACAGCGCCGCCGGGGCUCCAAAACGCCUGCCACAUUACCUCCACCUAUAUUGAAAGAAGAGAAGCAAAUCCAACCACAGUAUCAAUCUGUCCCAACGAGUGAUGUAUCACCGACUGUUCCCCGCAAGCCAGUCGGACCGCCACCAGCGAUGUUAGAUGGCCGUUCGAUAUACGAAGCAGCGUAUCCCGCCAGCCCGAUUCCUGUUUACCAUGAGCUGGAUGCCGGGCCUGUCUUCAGCACACACCAGCGACCGAUUAAUUCUGAGGAUUAA